GCUGAAUGUCGUCGUGCAUGAAGGAUCAAGAAAUUUAUAGUUGCCAAGCGAAGAGUGGACUCUGAGGCAACGAUUAACGGGAUCACCAUAGGUGGGCGUACCGCGGGUGACAUAGAUGUCGUAGUCUGGACCACUGCGGGUUGAUCGCCCGCUCUCUGAUAACGGAUUAGAUAGCCGUACGAGAUUUGUGCAAAUCAGCCCCGUACAAGCUGUCUGACCGGACAUGGGAGCGCCACGGUGGGAAGAUGAUCGACAAGCGAAAGUCAUUUUCGAGGAUCCGGAGCGCUACUAAUAAUGGCAACAGGUGACGGGCUUUUCCGCUUGACGUGUCCCAGUCUUUAUUUCUUGUUUGUUGGCUUUCUACAUUGAUUCGUGGUAACUGUCUUCUGCAUAUUGUUAAUCAUGGCAGAUUCAGAAGCUCGACUGCUACAGGAUGAGAGCGACAGCCGUUCCGAGCCCCAUCCCGUGAAAUAUGAGGGAGACAUUUUAACUCCGGGGAGAAAGGCUCGACGAGUUGGACCAUGGCUGCGACAAGUGGGAAUACUCCUGCUCCUGUUGCUGGUGUCGCUCACUGUCAACAUCGUCCUCUACGGACAGAACCAGCGACUCAAGCGUGCGACAUGGAACAGAGGCUUUACCGGUAUCUACGCGCGCGGGGAAUCGUGGAAACAAUUCCGCACCUACACCGAGUACAGCGAUGUGAAUCAAUCCAUCUCCGACGCGGUAUGGGCGGGUUUCACCACGAACGGCUUUGUGGCUAUCCCUCACGACGAGGCAGCUGAAUUUGGACUCCCUCUAGCCGAGGAUUUCCCGGAUGACCCGAGCAAGGGCGUUUACGUGCUGGAAGCGUUUCAUGAAAUCCAUUGCGUGAUAUACCUACGUGAGACAAUUCAAGACUUGCUGGCGGGGAAGUCGGUGGACGACAGGGCGAUCCACAUUAAUCACUGCUACGACGCUCUGCGUCAAGCCAUCCAAUGCCGCGCAGAUGAUACACCAAUCUAUAUUCCGUAUCGCUCGCGAUUGACCGGAGACGGCCAAUACCGACGAUGUCGCGAUUGGAACGCCUUAGAAGCGUGGGCUCAGAAACAUACUGCGUGCUGGCCAACGGGGCAUUGCGCCGAUUUGGAGUGAAAUGGUGUAUAUAGGCUAGUUCAAUUGUAGGAUGAGCACGAUUGCCUAGCGCUCGGCGUAGAAUUUGUCCAACACACAGCCUGAACGCCUGGAUCCAUGCUUAUUGUUCCAACACUUGGCUGAGGGGAAAGAUAGGACUAAAGUUCAGCCUGCGCUUAUCGCCUUAUGUAGCACUAAUCAGAAGUAUUUGCUUUGCGGCGCUGUGCCGCAGCUGCAGGCAUUGAGAAUGUACGGAGCAAAAUGGUCACGCCAGGAUCGUCCGCAUUUGCGGCCUAAGCCGCAAAUGUUACCCAAUUGAAGCGACGACUUGGAGUCACCAGUCUCGUUACAUAAGAAAGUUGCACGGCUUAGAGUUUUUGUGGUGUUGGUGGUGGUCAGAUCCAAAUAUGGCAUGUGUCCUAAUGUAUGCUAAGCC